UCGGUAGUUUUAAUGGAUCAUUAAAAAAAUUAACUGCUACAGAACUCGGUGCCGCUGCUGCUGCAGGUGCAAUUGAAAAAGCUGGCUUGAAACCUGAACAGAUCGAAGAAGUAUAUUUUGGUAAUGUUCUUCAAGCGAACCUUGGCCAAUCUCCAGCACGUCAAGUCGCUCUUAAAGCAGAAGCAACAACAAUUAAUAAAGUUUGUGCUUCUGGUAUGAAAGCUGUUAUAUUAGCUGCUCAAAAUUUAGCACUUGGUGAUAGAUCGAUAAUGAUUGCUGGUGGUAUGGAAAGUAUGUCUAAUACUCCAAAUGCCGUGUAUGGUCAUCAAAUUUUAGCAGAUGGAAUAAUUAAAGACGGUUUAUGGGAUGGCAAUUGUGCAGAAAAUACUGCAAAAAAUUAUGACAUAUCGAGAGAGGUUCAAGAUAUGCAUGCCGCUGAGUCAUAUAGGCGUGCUGCUGAAGCUUGGAAGAGCGGAGUUUUUAAAGCUGAGGUUAUUCCCGUAACAAUCAAAGAUCGUAAAAAAGAAAUAAUUGUCGAUGAAGACGAGGAAUAUAAGAAUGUUAAAUUUGACAAGAUUCCUGAGUUAAAACCUGUUUUUGACCCUAAUGGCGGAACUGUAACAGCAGCUAAUUCAUCGACGAUUAAUGAUGGUGCUAGUGCCUUGGUGCUUAUGACACGUGUAAAAGCUGAAGAACUUGGUAUCAAACCAUUGGCUCGAAUUCUUUCAUAUGGUGAUGCUGCAGUUGAACCAUUUGAUUUUCCAAUUGCCCCAUCACAUUCACUUCCAAUUGCUUUGAAAAAAGCUGGCCUUGGAAUCUCGGAUAUUAGCUUAUUUGAAUUUAAUGAGGCGUUUAGUGUAGUUAUACGCGCAAAUGAAAAGAUUUUAGGUUUAGAUCCUGGUAAAGUAAAUAUUGCUGGUGGUGCAGUGGCAUUAGGUCAUCCAAUUGGUUCUUCAGGUUCUAGGAUAAUUGUUACUUUGACACACUUAUUAAAGUCUGGUCAAAUUGGUGCUGCAUCUAUUUGUAAUGGUGGUGGUGGUGCUAGUUCUAUCAUUAUUGAAAAACUUUAG